CCGUUUCUUCUCCACAUGCCAGUGAUCGCAAAAGGGAACAGAACGAGGCCAGCCAGGCACCGCGGCUGGCCUGGGGGUCAGGUCCCACAGAGCUGCCUUAGGGGCACACUGGCGCCCGGGCACGUCGGAGGCGCCAUCCACGCCAAAGAGGCGCGCAGACCGAGCCACCGCCUUCCCGAGCGGGAGCUGCCCCGGCUGCAGACGGCGGCCCGCCGGGACCGGGCGGCCGCAGUGCAUCCUGGGAUGCCUGGUGUCCGGGUCGGCCAUUGGCUUCGCUCUGCGGAUCGACGGGAGGAACAGCCAAUCAGGGGGCAGCAUGCGGGACGGGCGGAAGCGGAAAUGAGGUUUCCGUGGAGACAGCCGACCCUGCGGAAGACGGCGGCGGCACCUGCGAGCGGAGGCCGGGGCAGGAAUGGUGGCGCGCACUGCCCUGUGAGAGCGAAGCGGCCGCGGGGUCCGCCAUGUGCCGGCGGCCCUGACAUGGGCACCAGCGGCUCCAAAGCUCGGGGGCUGUGGCCCUUCGCCUCGGCGACGGGGGGCGGCGGCCCGGAGGCGGCGGCCGCGGAGCAGGCUUUGGCGCGGCCGCGAGGCCGAGUGGUGCCCCCCUUCGUGUUCACGCGCCGAGGCUCCAUGUUCUACGACGAGGAUGGAGACCUCGCUCACGAGUUCUACGAGGAGACGAUCGUCACCAAGAACGGGCAGAAGCGGGCCAAGCUGAGGCGGGUGCACAAGAACCUGAUUCCUCAGGGCACCGUGAAGCUGGACACGCCCCGAAUCCACGUGGAUUUCCCUGUGAUCCUCUAUGAGGUGUGAGCCUGGGGUUCAGGCCUAAGCACUUCCUGCCUCAGCAAGAAACGCUCAGCUCAAGGCGCGGCUCCCGCCGAGGAGCGAGGCUGCAGCCACUGUCCUGAUUAAACCCCACGGGCCUGGCCGCCGCCGCUGUGAGCCGCAGGCCUGCGUGUUGGUCGGGUGCUGGUUUGUCUUCGGAUGAGAGCGGGCCGGGGAGGGCGUUACCAGCCCGCCUUCCCUGGCCAUCCGGUCAGGAGCCGGGCGGGGCAGGUGCCGAUGGAGGAUGAGUGGUUCCUGCGCCCGGCGUGGCCUGCUUGCUUCCAAGCUUGCCCGGGACCCCACCUCCCGGGCUACAGCGCUUUACAAGUAAGGUCUCUCUUCCAGCCUGGGCUUGGAGCUGGACACAGUGGGGACUCCCUCCCCUCACUUCCUCAACCCGGUCCUCGGAGCAUUUCAGCCAUUUGCUACCUCGAUUCUCCUCUGUUGGACAGAGGCUGGGGCGACACAAGCCUGAUUCUUCCUACCCGUCUGCCCUUGUGUUCCCGCCCCCAGAGGGAGGGACAGUUGCAGGCUGUUCGCAGGGGGAGGGGCUGGUGUGGGGGCUUCUCCCUCUGCCAGGACUGGGCUGAUCCCUCCCCCUGCAACUAGUUGCCCCUGGAGUUGUCCUCCCCCCCCCCCAUAGGAUGGGAUCAGGUUGGGCUCUGGGUGCCUGUGCCUCUGGGGAGGUGCCCCUACCCACUGUCUCCAUGUGCUCUCCCUUGCCUUUUGCACCAGUCUCCCCCGACCCAUGUUGGGAGGACACCACCCUGUGGUGCCAGUAGCCCUGAGCCCACCACCCCUUCCCCUAUAGUGUGCCCAUCCCUUCGGGAUCAGUCAGGGGAAAGUAUUGGAGCCCCUGGGUAGGGACAGAGAACAACCAUAAAAGGCUAAAAUGUGAAAGUCUGUAAAUAGUCUAGUCCAUGACAUGGUUGGGGCAGAGUCUGAUUUCUACAUAGAAAUUCCUUUUUUUUUUUUUUUUAAUUCCUUACUGUGCAAGCUCUGUGCUUCCAGAGAAUGGGAAGUAGUGUGGGGAGGGUGGCCCCCAGUCUAGGAAGGCUGUUGUGUUAUUCGUUCAGUUUCAAUAAAAUUAUUUGUAGACCCU